UGACGUCAUAGGUCAAUCGGUCUGCGCAGCGCCCCAUGAAGUCUAGCACGGCGCGUCUCUGUCAAUCUGGCUAAGCUGCUCUCUGUUCCAUUUCUCUCUGUCUGUCCAAACUCCAGUCAUGAGGCUCAAGUCGUGUUGUGUUUACAGUGUCGGUGUUGUGUGUAUUCUGCUGUUGAUCGGCGGGAUCGCGAUGGUUUUGUCUCAAGUCUUUCAGAAGCUCAUAAACAACAGAGUAAAACAGGAGAUCGUUCUGGUCAACGGAACUGAAGCGUUCUCAGUGUGGCAGAACCCCCCGCCUCCGGUUUACAUGCAGUUUUAUUUGUUUAAUCUGACCAAUCCUGCCGAGGUUCUGGACGGCGCCAAACCCUCCGUCGUACAGAUCGGCCCGUACACAUACAGGGAGUAUCGGUCCAUGGAGGAAGUGAAAGUUUUGGAGAACGGAACCAAAGUGGCAGCCAUCAAUCCAAAGACGUACGUGUUCGUGCCUAACAUGUCACGCGGCUCAGAGGAUGACCUCGUUCGAACCGCCAACAUACCUGCCGUGACGGUGAUGGAGAAAUUUCAAGAUCACUCGGUCAUCGGCAGGCUUAUCGCUGAUCUGAUGAGAUCUAUGAGCGUCGGUGUGUUCGGGACAUUCAGGGUGGGUGAUCUGCUGUGGGGUUAUGAAGAUCCUCUGCUCAAAGCUCUCAAACUCUUGGUCCCUUUGGAUGAUCACUUUGGACUUUUCUACAAGAGAAACGGCACCAGUGGUGGAGAUUACGAGUUUCUGACGGGGACUCAGAACUAUCUGGAUUUUGCUCGUAUAGACAAGUGGAACGGACAGAGUUCAUUAAACUGGUGGAGCACAGAUGACUGCAACAUGAUCAAUGGAACGGACGGAGCAUCUUUUCAUCCCAUCAUCACAAAGACAGAGAAGCUCUACAUGUUUUCUACGGAUCUCUGCAGAUCUCUGUAUGCUGUGUAUGAAUCAGACGUGAGUGUACAAGGAGUCCCGGGAUUCCGCUUCGUUCCUCCCAGUGAGGUUUUUGCUAACAUCACCAUUAACCCGGAUAACGCCGGCUUCUGUGUGACAAACGACACCUGCGUCGGGUCUGGACUGCUCAACAUCAGCGUGUGUAAAGAAGGAGCUCCCAUCAUCAUGUCAUCACCUCACUUCUAUCAGGCUGAUGAUAAAUAUGUUCAGGAUGUUUAUGGGAUGAACCCCAGGAAGGAGGAACAUGAAACAGCCAUUGACAUCAACCCGCUCACUGGACUUCUGCUCCGGGCUGCGAAGCGUCUUCAGGUGAACGUGUUUCUGGAGCAGAUGUCAGUGUUCAGUCAAACAGAGAAAAUCAGGACGUUGGUGUAUCCUGUCAUGUACAUUAAUGAGAGCGUUGUUAUUGAUGAAGAAUCUGCCGAGAAACUUCAAGUGGUCGUCACCGAGGCUAAUGUCGUCAUCAACAUCCCCUUCAUCGUGAUUGGUCUAGGCAUCUUACUGGGCGUGGCCUUCAUUGUGCUCAUCUGCCAUCAGAAAGGACCACAGAGCACGGCAGCAGAACGUCAACCCCUCCUCGCAUCAUAAAGUCACCUGACCGCUGAGAGACAGACAAACAUCACCGCCAACUCUCAUUGCUUAACACUAUAAGGUACUUUAAUUUCACACGGUAACAGUCUGUGACUUCACUUCAGUCACCGUCACACCAAUCAAAAUGCAAAGUUUGACGCGUCACCAGGAUCAGCCGGACCUGACGGGAAAGAAGUGCCUCUUCAUUUACAGUUUAUACGUUCGGAUUUGAACAGAAUAUCACAGGAGUUUUAAAGCAAGUAAUAUGUGUAAAUAAAGUCAGAAGAGGUUGUUGUGCUGAUCACAGGUGUGAUGCAACACGUUACACGUCAUCAGUGAGCUACUAAUAUUCUUAUGUAAUGACGGAUCAU